UUUCCUGCCAACUGAAAUGAAUGGUGGAUAAUGCUUCUCCAACCCAAAACAGAUAAAAUCACACAUUAUACCAACACAAUUUUUUCCAAAAACACACCAAUCAACCUUGAAUCCUUCAACAAUGGCUACCAUCUCAUCAUCUUUCCUACAAACACCAUAUCAACAAUCUUCCCACUUGUUUAAACCCCACCAAAUUUCCACUAAAAGAGCAGUCUUCUUCAAGGUUCAAGCUGCCAAGCUUCCUGCUGGGGUUGAAUUGCCAAAAUCACAGCCCAAAUUUCAAGCACCAUUUCUUGGAUUUACUAAAACUGCUGAGAUAUGGAACUCUAGAGCUUGCAUGAUCGGUCUCAUCGGCACUUUCAUCGUCGAACUGGGGCUUUUCUCUUUCAUCCGUUUCUCUCCUGCCCGGGCCACCUCAGUUGCCCACCCUUUAUCCCCAUCUUCUGCAACAGGCGGCAAAACAGUGGGCUCCAUCACCUCUCUCACAAUCUCCCCUAACUCUGCAACAAACGUCUUUGUUCUCCGUCCUUAGCUUCAGAUUUCUCUAUUCUCUCUCAUCUCUCUCUCAUCCAUGUCAUCAUGCCACAUCAUUAAGGGCAUGGACGGAUUCUUCAAUUUCUCCGCGUUGGAGAUAGCCUUAUGUGUUAGGUAUAGAUGAGCUUCUUUUAUAAGAAAAAAAAAAAUAUGAGUUGGACCCGUAUCUAGUAACGAAGAGAACCUUAUAAUGACCCUGACUAAAAUGUUCUGGUUCUGCCACUAGAACAUGUGAUGUUGAGCCAAAGCUGUAAUCGUUAACUGUUUGAAUUUGUUAUACCAGAUCUUGAACAAAGGCAUACUUGAGAUAAUCGGGGUGGAAAUUGGAAAAGGUCUUGAUAUACCCCUUUGAGAAGAUGAAUUUAAUCUUUUCCAUUGCUCGUGUUUUGCUUAUAUUGGAUAUAUUGUAAGCUGUAAUCUUUAUGAUAUAGUAAACUGGAUGGAUACUAUUCACAUUUUUGGGGCUACAAUCUAAUUUCGGAAAGCAAGAUUAUAUGAACAUUGUUUGUUACGAUA